UCUGGGCUAGGAGAGUAUUCACUUCAGUCUACAUCUCAUGAAAUAUGAAAUAAACACAUAGAAUAUUGCGCGCAUAUAAGACAGAUGAGAGUUUAGCCAUAAAGAUGAAUUCAAGCCCAGAAUCCACCCAGGUAGAUUGGCCAGAGCAUGAAUCGUUGGACGACUGGCUGAAAACUCAACCUGUUCAUGAAUGGAAGAAAGAUUUUGAUAGCAAUGGAUUCUUAGUCGUUCAUGGCUUAAUCAACGAGGAGUAUGUUGAGAUUUACAAAGAUAUCUACAUGAAGAUGUUGAAAGGAGAAAUAAAUACAAGGGCGCAUCGUCAGGAUCUUGGUGGUCAUGAGCCCCAAAAAAAUGCAAAUGAGGAAAAUGUCUGUCAAAUCAUGUGGCCAAGCCUUUACUUCCCGUCGUUGAUGCAGGGCCCACUUCAUCAAAGAGUGCAAGCAAUAAACAACAUAAUAGUUGGUCCAGAUGCUGAUUUUGAUUUUGAUAUGCUGAUUGCAAAGGGUCCAAAUACAAAUACUAUUACACCUUGGCACCAGGAUGAAUCUUACUGGCCUGAUAUGCCUGAUAAAAGGGUGACAACUUGUUGGGUUGCUCUUGACGAUACCACAUUAAACAAUGGUUGUAUGUGGUUUGUACCUGGUUCCCACAAGAUGCCAUUGCGAGAGCACCAUCCUGCUGGAAAAGGUACGCAUACGCUGGAGUGCGCUUGUUCUGAGGACGAAGGUGUACCACUGUUACUCAAGCGCGGUUCAUGUACUUUACAUGGUGGUCGAACCCUUCACUACAGUCGAGGGAAUAGCACAGAUAAUUACAGACGGGCUUACAUUACAAACUACAGGCCUCGCACUAUGAUACAAUGGGAGAGGGAACGGAACUUUGCGCAUGGAAAAGAGGGAAUUGACGAGACGAAACGUGACGAUGUGGUCAUUUUUAGGAGAGAAUGAUGAAUUCGCAAAACGUUUUCAAUUUUAAUUCAUAGGGUUACAUCACUUAUUUAUCUGUUCCGAAUGAUUGUGAUGUAUCAGUAGGGAUAAAAGUGGUAUUUAACAGGUAAAUGUCAAAGUCCAUAGGGGACAUGACAGGAAAUAUUAAGAACUAUAUUAACUUUGAGACAGCUUUACCGUUCAUAUAUCUUAUGAACUUUGUUUAUUAGAUUUUUAACAGUACGACUUGUGAUUCCUACAGGGAACUAAACUCUUUUGUGCAGUUUUAAAACAAAGGAGAUUAUACUUAGGACAUUUUGUAUUGUCUUCAUCUUGCACAAGUUUGAAUACAUAAACAUGAGUAGAGUGAUUGAAUAAGUAUACUUUAGCAAGUGAUUUCAGCUUGUUUUCUAGAGCAUGUUUUUACAAGACUACGUCUGUCUUUGACUGCAUGUCUUUGGUCAUUUGGUAAUGAAAUACAAUAUGUUUUAAAAAGACUAUGGUGUUUCGAUUUAUAGGAAUAGUGCAGGAUUGGUCGAUUAGCAGAAUUAAUGAGGGUUAUAUCAAUGUUAAUGUCAUCAUGAAA